GAAACUAUGCGGCUCCACUUCCGGCACACACCGGAAGCGGCGCGGUGAGACACCUGCGGGCCCCGCCCCGGCAGGAGCGGCGCGGCGGCAGGCAGCGCCCCCUCGCGGGCCGGCGGGCCACGCCCCGGUACCGGCGUCCCCCCCCGGCGCCUGUUGUAGCGGGGUUCGCGGGGGACUCCGCACCCCCCGGAUCCCGGUCCCGCCGCGCCCUCCGCCACCCUCCGCACCUGCGGCGGCGGCGCGGGGCCAGGCCCGGCCCUGCCCGGCCCUGCCCGGUCGGCGGCUCCUCCUCCUCCAGGAAGCCGGAUCUGCCGCAUCCUUGCCGGCGGGGCCGGCUGCGCACUCUCGGCCGCGCUGGGCGAGCGCCGCCGCGGCAGCAUGCGACCCCCGGCUGAGCCCCCCGCCGCGCCCCGCCGCCCCCCGCUGCUCCUCCUCCUUCUCCUCCUCACGAAUUUCGUGCCAUCCUUUGGAAAGGAGACAUUACGAACAACAGCAGUUACUCCACAGUUUGAACAGAACAUGGAUUAUGCGGACUUUAUCCAUUUAAACAUCUUAGAAAAGAAAGUUCUUAAUAAUUCUGAGGUUUCGGUUCAGUAUUUAUGUUCUAAGCCUUGUAUCGUCAACUUGGAAGCAGUAGCUUCCUCUGAAUUCAGGACCGGUGUACCAGUGUAUAGAAGGAGAUGGAAGGAUGAGAAAAACCUUUACGUUAGUAGAACCCGACAAGUACAUUUGAAAUUUCCAAGCAUCAUGGUUUACAGAGAUGAUUAUAUCAUCAGAAACUCAAUAAUAGUGCACAAUGUGAUAUUAUAUGCAUGGAUUAGUCACCAGUCAGUUAGCAGCUAUGAUGCUGAGCAGAAUGAAGACUAUCAGGAUGCAGUUGCCAAGAAUUACACUUUUUUAGAAGCAGUUCCACCUUUUGAACGCCCAUAUAAGGACCACAAAGUUUGUCUUCAGUGGGGUGCCGACUAUUUGUGGAUGCUCCAGGCAAACAGGAUACCUCAGUGCCCUCAUGAAAGUGAUGGUGUCCAGAUACUCAGCUUCAUAUAUGCUUCCAGUGGGGAGAAAACAGGAAUCGUGAAGAAAUUUGAACAAUUUGAAAACAGAGAACUUGAGACAGUCAGGCAACAUCAGAUUGAUUAUCCCAUGUUCACCGUUUCAAUCUGGCUAUAUUUACUUCAUCACUGUGAAAAGGAUCUGUGUGGUAUAAUCUAUUUUAUUGAUCCGAAAGAAAUGUAUAGUACUCCUGCUGUAUUUCUAAGUGAGGAAGGUUAUGUGCACAUUCAGAUGCACCUCAUGAGAGGAGAUGACCUUGCAGUAAAAACUAGCUUCAGCCUUCCUCUGAAGCAGUGGUUACGACUGGAUCUCUCUUUUAAGGGUGGACAGAUAGAAGUAAGCAGUGUUGGGAAGAAUUUGAAAAGACGUCAUCACCAGUCUUUUAAUUUUAGGGAAGAUUUCUAUUAUGAUGACACUGCUGGAUACUUUGUUCUUGGAGGCAGUGGAUAUGUAAAUGGUAUUGAAGCUUUCUUUGGCCCUGUGAAAUACUAUCGUCUCAAUGUGUUGGAAACGGAACAGAUUUCUAACCCUCUUCAUGAUGAAGAAACAGUGGAACAAAUUGAACUUUACUAUGAGAGAUGUACGGACAUUCAAGAAAUAGUUUAUGAGUACAGAAAUAUCAUAAGUCAAGGCGAAAAAGCGCAAAGAAAUUGUUACUAUGAAAACUAUUAUUUGGAGCUGAUUCAUAAAUAUGGAGAAAAAUCCAAAUGCGAUGCCUUCAUGUGGGGAAAAGAGAUCAGGGAAAAGUACCACACUUUGUUCAAACUGUUGCAAGAGAUGGAUUUCAGUGCUCUGGGUGUGUCAGAAGAUGGAAGUGAUACAGUUCAAGAAGUUGGCCGGAGGAUAUUUGAGAAGGCCGCAAAGAGUCUGUCCAGUGCUGACGGCCUCAGCAAUAUGGGCUCCUCUGUCCCUCUCUUGGUGGAUUCCAGUUGUUGUGGAUACCAUAAGGCUUCCUAUUUCCUUGCAGUUAUAUUUGAAACAGGGCUUGGUGUGUCUGUGGAUCGUACAAAGGGACUGCUGUAUAGUUUGGUUGGUGCCCAGGGGAAUGAGAGACUUGCUGUGAUGAAUCUUGGCUAUAAACAUUACCAAGGCAUUAAUAACUAUCCACUUGAUUUGGAGCUGUCGUAUGCUUAUUACAGUAAUAUUGCAAUAAAGACAUCAUUGGAUCAACACACUAUAAAAGGGGAACAGGCAUUUGUUGAAACUAUAAGGCUGAUGGAUGAUGAACUGCUAAAAGCUCAAACAAAAGAAAAUGGCGAUGUCUUUAUGUGGUUAAAACAUGAAGCAACAAGAGGAAAUGCAGCUGCGCAGCAACGGUUGGCUCAGAUGCUGUUUUGGGGCCAACAAGGAGUGGCAAAAAAUCCUGAAGCUGCAAUAGAAUGGUAUGCAAAGGGUGCCAUAGAAACAGAAGAUCCAGUGUUAAUAUACGAUUACGCCAUUGUGUUAUUUAAGGGCCAAGGUGUGAAAAAGAAUACAAAAUUUGCUUUGGAAUUGAUGAAGAAAGCAGCAGCCAAGGGCUUGCCCCAGGCAGUGAAUGGAUUGGGAUGGUAUUACCACAAUUUUAAAAGAGACUACAGAAAAGCAGCCAAACACUGGUUAAUUGCUGAAGAACUGGGAAAUCCAGAUGCAUCGUACAACCUCGGUGUCCUUUAUUUAGAUGGGAUUUACCCUGGAGUACCUGGUAGAAAUCAAACAGUUGCUGCACGCUAUUUCUAUAAAGCUGCCCAAGGAGGACAUAUAGAAGGGACUUUACGAUGCUCUCUGUACUACAUGACAGGAAAUAUGGAAGAAUUCCCUAGAGAUCCAGAAAAAGCUGUAAUCUGGGCAAAACACAUUGCAGAGAAGAACGGCUACUUAGGUCAUGUCAUCAGAAAAGCUCUCAAUGCUUAUCUGGAACUUUCAUGGCAUGAGGCUCUACUGCAUUACAUUUUAGCAGCUGAAACUGGGAUUGAAGUGUCACAGUCCAAUUUAGCACACAUCUGUGAAGAAAGACCAGACCUAGCAAGGAAAUACCUAGCAACUGAUUGUGUUUGGAGAUACUACAAUUUCUCUGUUUCUCAAGUCAAUGCACCGUCAUUUGCUUAUUUGAAGAUGGGUGAUUUCUACUACUAUGGUUACCAGAACCAGUCUAAAGAUCUUGAGCUGUCAAUGCGGAUGUACGCACAAGCUGCAUUAGAGGGAGAUUCACAGGGUUUCUUUAAUUUGGCCCUUGUCAUGGAAGAGGGCAACUCCAUACCUUCCUACAUUCUGGAUCACUUGGAAAUUGAUCAGGCAUUGCAUUCUAGUAAUACCUCACUUCUUCAGGAACUUUAUUACAGGUGCUGGAAUAAUAGCAACCAAGAAUCAAUUAGUCCAUGCUCAUUAGCACUGCUUUAUUUUUAUGUGAGAGUUUUCUGGAACAAUAUUUUACAGUCUACUCUGAUCUACUUCAUGGGAACCUUUCUUUUAUCAAUUCUGGUUGCAUUUGCAGUGCAGUAUUUUCAGGCUUUAUCUGCCCAUAAUUCUCCUGGAACAAGAUCAGAACCGUCAUCAGAUGAACCUUCUUCCUCAGAGAAUAGCAACGAGGAUGCUACCAGACUAGUACAGCAAGAUGAAUCUACCUUUUCAAACGAUUUAGCCCAGCAGGAGUCAAACCCUCAGAAUCCUCUUGUUACAAGCUGAAGUGUAGUUUUCUUAAAGUUGACGUCCCAUUGGGAUAUGAACAACUACAAAUCUAAGAACUGGCAACCAACCCUGUUAGUGACAUUAAUAAUGCAGUCCAGCAGCCAAAAUCAUAGGGAAAUUUACUGAUCUGAUUGCUCCACUAUAGAGGAAAAACAUCCCUAUAAUUUAUUUAAUGCUCCAAACAGAUAAUGCAGAUUAUCUCACUAUAUACAACACAUGAUCAUACUGUAUUUCAUUGAAGGACUAGAAGAAAACAUGCAAAGUCCUUGCCUAAUUAAAGAAUGAGUAAACCUCCCACCAGUUCUGAUGAACAAGUUUUUCGCAUCUUAUUAACUUGCCUUUACUGCAUUUGAGAUUACUUUACCGGUGAAGUUGGCAGAGUUUUCCAAGUUGUAAGCAUGGAAGUUACAUAAAAGCGAAGCCCAGCCACCACCACUUUCCAAGUUCCACGGAACACCAAGCCAGGACAUUUGUACAUGCAGUGAUAACAAUUACUUCUUUGGCAUUUUAUAUUCCAUCCUAACUCUUUUAUGCAAAAAGUAUUUUGCUUUGAAAGACACCAGGAAGCGUUGCAGUAUGAUCAUAAUGUAGUAGCUGUGCUGGCUAACCCUUGGUCAAAGUUUCACAGUGUCAGCAGUUCCCUGGCAGGCACAACAGAACAAUCCCUGCCCUGCCGAGAGCCACUGAUUAGAGAAAGUAGCUUCCUCAAUGAAUAAAUAAAAGAAUAAUUAAGUGUGAACAGGAGACACAAAGUGAAUGAACAAUUUAUUAUUUGGUUCUUCCAUAGGUAACAUUGGCGAGGAUUUAUUUCAUGUUUUACAGUAACUCCUAAAGACACCUAUUUAAGUGACAGUUUAUUUGAUAAAUGUUAGAUGGGUUAUAUGGAUAACAGGUAUGGAGUGCGAAUGCCUUCUGUCUGAUUUAAAGCUGUCUGGUAAGUGGCUGUAGGAAAGGGCUGACCUUAAAAGCAGGGAUGCAUGCACCUCUGCAAAAUGAGGCAGACCACAGACUCUAAAUUGCAUCAAUCUAUGCAUUACUGAGGGUUAAAUCCACUCUCCUUGCACUACAUUAUUUACUCUUGUAAAUAAAAAUAUUUUUCUAAUUGA